UGACCGUCUUGACUUGACCUGAUGUCAAGAUAUCAAGAUAUCUAUAACACCGAUAAUUCACUUACUGUCAUGGGGGCGUGGUCAUGGUUCAAGGGUCUUAUUGUAGUGCAGCUUCUGCUGGGAUACAUUUUCCUGGCCAGUGGCUUUCUGGUCAGCUUUCUUAUGCUUGUUGGAAUGGUCAUUUGGCCAUUUAGCAAAACGCUGUACAGAAAAUACACAAACUUCCUGUCCUAUGCAUUGUGGAGUCAGUUCUCGUUCUUUGCGCACUGGUGGUCAGACGCGCAUUGUGACCUGUAUAUAUCUCCUGAAGACCAGCAGAUGUUGGGCAAGGAGCACUGUGUGUGCAUGGUGAACCAUACAUACGAGAUAGACUGGCUCAUGGCCUGGAUGAUGGCAGAGAGGCACGGAAUGAUGGGGAAUACAAAAAUAUAUGGUAAACACAUGAUGCGUUAUAUCCCCAUUAUUGGAUGGACCUGGUACUUCACGGAAAGCAUUUUUCUCCAGAGAAAUUGGGACGAAGACAAGAAAAUCUUGGAGAAAUCCAUAUCAGAACUUGUCACCUACCCAGAUCCAUUCUGGCUUCUGCUAUUUCCCGAGGGCACGCGAUGGACUCCUGAGAAGCAUGCUAUAUGCCAGAAAAUUGCCAAGGAGAAAGGCUACCCUGAGUACAAGCACAUGCUGCUGCCCCGACCCAAGGGCUUUGCCCUGUCCAUGGAACUGAUGCAGGGAAAAAUUCCAACAGUGCUAGAUAUUACGGUGGGUUUCCCCACUGACAGACCAGAGCCCAGCCUGAUGGACGCCAUUGCUGGAAAAAAGUCACAUGUGCAAUGA